UUUCUUUAUACACGCUUUCUUCUUCUUCUUCUUCAUUCAUUUUUUUGUUCUUCUUCGAUUUGAGAUUCUAAUUGAUCGGCGAUGGCGUCAUCGUCGGCGGAAAUGGAGCAAUUGACAUCAGGCGCGAGCAAUCGUAUAAUCCCGAUUUUGAAAACGCUUCGGAAGUGCCUCAUCUUCGUCCUCUCCCUCUUCCUUUCUCUUCUCCUCCUCCUCCGUCCACGUCGCCGCGUUUCGCCUCUUCCAUCGCCGGAGGAGGAGGCUAAUCCCGCUCCUUCGAGGCGGUGGAGGCGGAAGAUGGCGUGGAAGCUGGAGGAGGAAGACACGGCUAGGCGUCGCUCCUUGGCUGAAGGCGUUGAGAUGGGUUUUGGUAUCUCCGGCGACGGCGACGGCGAAAUCCCUUCUCGUUGGAGCAGUUCGCUGUUCUACGGCCGACGUGGUAACGCUUUAUUCUCAAGGUCGUGGUUGCCUCUUUCCGGCGAACUUAGGGGAAUUUUGAUUAUCAUCCAUGGCCUGAAUGAACACAGUGGAAGAUAUUCUCAAUUCGCCAAGCAGCUAAACUCGAGUAACUUGGGCGUAUACGCAAUGGACUGGAUUGGUCACGGUGGGAGCGAUGGUUUACAUGGCUACGUUCCUUCUCUUGACUAUGUUGUUUCCGACACCGAAGCUUUCUUGGAAAAGAUUAGGUCUGAGAAUCCGGACGUCCCGUGCUUCCUCUUUGGUCACUCUACCGGUGGAGCUGUGGUCUUAAAGGCGGCUUCAUCACCUUCGAUUGAAGAUAUGUUAGCCGGUAUUGUCCUAACAUCGCCUGCACUUCGUGUCAAACCUGCUCAUCCUAUUGUCGGGGCGAUUGCUCCAUUCUUCUCGUUGGUCGCCCCAAGGUUCCAAUUCAAAGGAGCAAACAAGAGAGGCAUUCCUGUCUCAAGAGACCCUGAAGCUCUCUUAGCCAAGUACUCUGACCCGUUAGUCUACACCGGCCCCAUAAGAGUCCGAACUGGCCAUGAGAUUCUCCGCAUAACAGCCUACUUGACCCGGAACUUCAAAUCUGUUACGGUGCCUUUCUUUGUCCUCCAUGGUACAGAGGAUAAAGUCACUGAUCCACUAGCUUCACAAGACUUGUAUAAUCAGGCACCAUCAGUGUUCAAAGACAUCAAACUCUACGAUGGUUUCUUACACGACCUUCUCUUUGAACCCGAGCGAGAGGAUGUUGGUCGUGAUAUCAUAGAUUGGAUGAUGAAGCGGCUCGACGAUGUUAACGGAUCAGCCGCUGGCCUCUGGUAAAAGAUCAGACGAGACAUCAGAGGUCUUCUUCUUGUCUAGGUAGUUGGGAUACUAAUUAUGUGAUUCCAAACUCAGAAACCAAGUGUAGGAGAUACAUACAAUACAAUGGUUUAAUAUCUAUGAAUUGUUUGGUUAUUGGGUUGCCAAAA